AUGGCGUCUACAGCGGGGGCCACGGGAUGGCUAAGGGGCAAAGUGAAAUCUGUUUCGUCUGGAGACUGCUUGGUGAUAAUGGGAAGUUCGAAAUCAGAGAUCCCACCUGAGAAGACCAUCACCCUGUCUUCACUGAUUGCUCCUAGACUGGUACUAUAACAUUUCCUGGAAAAGUUACCUGUUUAUUGUGUGGAUCACUCAAAAAGUAGAUAUUUAUCAUGCCAUUUUAUAUGUCUGCUGAAGAAAGAUGGCACACAGAGGUGAAUUUAGUUUUUCAUGUUUUUCAUUUUCUGGAUUUUGUUGCAUCCUUGCAGACAAAAAGUGUACCUGGUGCAUAUGAAACGUACAUAAAUUAUAGACUCUUCAUUCUUAUAUUCUAACUUGAUGAGAUGAUGUGCUGGGCUAUGGCGACGAAAAUAGAUUAUGCAUCAUUUUUGUUUAAUAUUUUGGUCAGUUCUUGGGUUUUACCUGUACUCGAUAUUCUGGUCGGUUGGUUUCUUUCAUUUGAUGCCUCUUUCUUUCUCUGAGAGAUGUUUCUGUUUUUAUGUCUCAUAGGCACGUCGAGGUACAGAUGAUGAGCAUUUUGCAUGGGAUAGUCGGGAAUACUUGAGGAAGCUCUGCAUAGGAAAGGUCUUCCUUUGAAACCUGAUUAAUGAAUGUUCUUACAUUUACUCUUGUUCCAAAAAGAUAUAUGCUGAUCAUGGUUCUUUACGUGUGUUCGAUAGGAGGUGACUUUCAAAGUGGAUUAUGCUGUACCAUCCAUAGGUCGUGAAUUUGGCUCCGUUUUCCUUGGUGAUAAGAACGUUGCCGCAUUGGUGGUUUCUGAAGGCUGGGCAAAGGUAAUAUUCUCAUGCUCGGACAUUUCACUAUUCAUGCUGCUCAAUGGAUGAUAACCCUUUCAUCUUCUGUUGGCUAAUGGUCAUAAUUACACAGGUACGAGACCAGGGCAAACAGAAAGGUGAGGCAAGCCCUUUUGUAGACGAACUUAAGCGUCUGGAGGAGCAAGCAAAGGAGAAGGGUUUAGGCCUAUGGUGCCAGGUUAAUCUGCUUCAUUUUCCUUUCUCUAAUUUACUAUUUUCUCCAUCUGUCAAAUAUUUAGAUACAUUGCCUGAACGUUUAUUGCUCUGCCAGUUUCAUUGACAUGGAAAAAUCACGAGUAAGGAAGUUUCUGGUGUUUCUCUCAUUUCGAUUGGAAAGAUAUGAAGCCUUGGCCAUAGGUGAAUUGUAAAUUAGAAUCUCAUAAUCUGUCAUUCUCCUGGCUGGCGCAGGAACCGGAGAUAAAAGAGGCUUCAAAACGAAAGCUUCCUCCAUCGGCUAUUGGAGAUGCUGGUAAUUUUGAUGCCAUGGGUUUCUUGGCCGUUAAUAAGGGAAAGCCUAUUCAAGGCAUUGUUGAGCAAGUUCGUGAUGGUAGCACUGUACGAGCAUACUUGCUCCCUGAGUUCCAAUUCGUCCAAAUUUUUGUGGCAGGGAUUCAGGUGAAAACUCAGUUUCUUGUGCUGCAUCUAUCUUCUUCUGGAUGAUACUUGUUUCUCAUGUCAGUGUUUUGUUUAGCUUCCACGUGUAAAAGCUUAUUUUCAUCUGUAACUAGGCUCCAUCCAUGGGAAGAAGAGCUGCUGUUGAAAUACUUCCUGAGGUAGAAACAAAUGGCGAUGAUGCCAAUGGAGAUGCAACUGAUAGUCGGCCAACUCUAACAUCAGCCCAAAGGCUUGCUGCGUCUGCAUCCUCAGAAGUAGCACCAGAUACUUUUGGGAGGGAGGCUAAACAUUUCACUGAGCUUCGUGUUUUAAAUAGAGAAGUGUGUACCUUUCCCCUUGUUCCACAGAAUGGUUCUUCUGGAUGGUUGUUACUGAUUUACCUCUGACUUGUGAAACUGCUAGAUCCGAAUCGUGCUGGAAGGAUUGGACAAAUUUAACAAUUUGAUUGGAUCUGUAUACUAUCCUGAUGGUGAUGAUGCGAAGGAUCUUGCCUUGGAGCUGAUACAGAAUGUAUGUUUUUUUACUAAAGCCUCCAUGAAUCUAAGAUAAAUCCAGCCUUUUAUUUUUCAACAAGACUACUUCCCCUAUACAUUUAGAACCAAUGGAUAGCCCUUACAUUAUGAUUGUUUGUCAUUUUUGGCUUUGAAUGAUUGCAGCACUGUAGGGUUGAUGAUCAAUUUCUGUUUGAGUAAUUUUUUCUCCACCACAGUUUCGUGAUCAACACAUGCAUACUACUACUUGUUCCUCGUGAUCUGAUAAAUUAUUUUUUGCGAAAUUUCAAGACAUGUAUCGUUGGUAUGAUUUUUCACAGAAUAGGACCCAGUUAUUAGCAUGGAAAACAAAUGCUCUUAGUGCUAAGCAAAAAUGAUAUGGCAUUCGUAUGUUGAAUUUCGAUUCACAUGUAAAGGACAGAAAUACAAGAAUUACGAAGUGAAUCAUUACUCUUUGAAUUAUCCUGUAGCUAUGGAAUCACAUCUGGGUAUGAUAUAGUGCUCUACCUAAUUAAGGUGUUUAAGGUCAAUUCGUGUUUUUCAGGAUGAUAGGCGGAUUAACGAUUAUUUUCUCCCUACCAUGUUUCAGGAAUGAGGCACUUUUUUUGCGCCAGUUUAGUUUCAUUCUGUUUUCGAGGAAUGUUGGUAUUUCACAAAUGUUACUUGACUAACAUGAAAUAAAGAGCGUGGAUCUAUUUCUAUUUUCACUUCUUAAUGGGAAUCUUUAGUUCCCUCUACCUUUAGGUUUAUUCAUUCAUUUUUUGUGGGUUAUAAGUUUAUGAUUUGUCUCCCUUGGAUUCUACUUCAGGAACAAUUUUUUUUUUUUGAAUAUAUACUAAGGUUUUGUGUUAGAUUUUCUGUCGCAGGAAAUUCAACUCAUCUUUUUCAAGAUAUUUUGAAAAGAUAUACAUCCAACAUUAAGUUUCUUCUAGUUAUCUUUCCUGGAAUUUUGUUUAUACUGCUCUGAAAUCGGUUAUCCUUUAUGCAAACGUCUUAAAAUUCUCACAAAAGUUAUUUUCAAUGAUUCUUCCUAUUCCCUAGGGUUUAGCGAAGUAUGUUGAAUGGAGUGCAAAUAUGAUGGAGGAGGAAGCUAAGAGAAAGCUGAAGGCAGCUGAACUUCAAGCAAAGAAAGAACGGUUGCGAUUAUGGAUAAAUUAUGUUCCGCCUGCAACAAAUUCAAAAGCAAUUCAUAAUCAGAAUUAUACUGGAAAGGUGAGUGAUUUUUCCAGCUUCCGAACAUUAGUUCUGGAAACCCUCUAUGUUCUUGAAUGAAAAUAUCUCAUGGAUUAAUUUUUGGUGGUGAAACUGUGUUUUUUUUUUUUCAGGUGGUUGAGGUUGUAAGUGGCGAUUGCAUUAUUGUUGCUGAUGAUGCAGUGCCGUACGGGAGUCCCCAAGCUGAGAGAAGAGUCAACCUUUCAAGCAUCAGGUCUCCUAAAAUUGGGAAUCCUCGCAGAGAUGAGAAACCUGCUCCAUAUGCUCGUGAAGCCAAGGAGUUUUUGCGCACACGCCUUAUAGGCCGCCAAGUAUGCAUGAGUUUCAAAGUUUCACAACAAGGGCUUAUGUGAUGGCUUCAGAUCACAGAAUAAUGUUUCUCUUUUCUCCGUCUUAGGUAAAUGUUUCAAUGGAAUACUCGAGAAAAGUCAGCAGUGCUGAUGGACCCAAUGCAGCUGUUGCUGCCUCUGGUGACUCAAGACUGAUGGAUUUUGGAUCUGUGUUCCUGAUUUCUCCAUCCAAAGAUGAUGAGGCUGCGCCUACUGUUGCUGGAAGCCCACCCGGAGUUAAUGUUGCUGAACUGGUGGUUGCACGUGGCUUUGCAACUGUUGUCAGGCAUCGAGAUUUUGAGGAAAGGUCAAGCUAUUACGACGCUCUUUUAGCGGCUGAGUCCCGUGCUAUCGUAGGAAAGAAGGGGAUGCAUUCGGCCAAGGAUCCACCAGUCAUGCACAUAACAGAUCUGACAACGGUUCGUGCAAGGCCCUUGAUCUUUUUUUCGGCGUCUGUGUUGGUUUCUUUAAACUUUGUCUCUCGUAUAAUUGGUCUGUGUGAUUGACUGUGUUACUUCAGGCGUCAGCGAAGAAGGCCAAAGAUUUCUUGCCAUUCCUGCAACGUGGAAGAAGGCAACCUGCUGUUGUGGAAUACGUUCUUAGUGGGCAUAGAUUUAAGCUGUUAAUUCCCAAGGAAACCUGUAGUAUUGCCUUUUCUUUCUCUGGUGUUAGAUGCCCUGGGAGAGAUGAGCCAUAUUCAGAUGAAGCGAUUGCCCUAAUGAGAAGGAGAAUCCUUCAGAGGGAUGUUGAGGUGCGGAAUACCCAUCCAAUCUACAUAACGCUGCCUUUUUCUCUUGUUAUUCUGCUCACAUUUCCUCAUCUUUUCCCUUGUUUUCUCGUUCUCUAUUACAGAUAGAAGUGGAAACUGUGGACAGGGGUGGAACGUUCCUGGGUUCCCUGUGGGAGUCACGAACAAAUGCAGCUGUUGGUCUUCUGGAAGCAGGAUUGGCAAAAUUUCAGGCUUCCUUUGGUGCUGAUAGGAUCCCAGAUUCUCAUCUCCUUAUUCAGGCUGAGCAAUCUGCGAAGCAGCAGAAACUGAAAGUAGGUGAUCGAAGUUUUCUAUAAAUAAAGCUCCAACUAGAUCCAAUUCUUCAAUUUUGCUCCUAACCUCUGCAUUUAUAGGUAUGGGAGAACUAUGUUGAUGGUCAGGAGCCAGUGAAUGGCAGUGUUCCCGAAAGCAGAAAGAAGGAAGUGCUGAAGGUACCAGUUGACUGCUAGUUUGAAGGGAGAGAAGGCUCACUUUUCUGUUUCUUGAUAUACUCAUGUGUUGUCCGUAGGUUUCGGUCACUGAAGUCCUCGGUGGCGGCAAGUUCUACGUGCAGACAGUUGAUGAUCAGAGAGUAACUUCUAUUCAGAGUCAACUUGCUUCAUUAACUCUACAAGAAGCUCCUGUUCUUGGCACUUUUAAUCCUGGGAAGGGUGAAAUCGUUCUUGCCCAGUUCAGCGUAGAUAAUUCCUGGAAUAGGGCCAUGGUAAGAUUAACCUCUUCCUUUCCCUAUGAGCAUAUGGCAAUUGACAAAUCAGUGAAUGUGAUGAAUUUUAAUUAUUACUGAUUUUCUAGUCCUCUUCUUUUAAUUUGUAAAAAGUUUGCCUUAUAAAUAUCGGCUUGAUAUAUAUAUAUAUAUAUAUAUAUAUUACUUUUUAAUAUAUAUUUACUAUUAUAUCAAAAAGUUAUUGUUUGAAUUCAAAACCAAUAUACAAUAACAUUUCAUUUUGCUGUUUCUCGUGGACUUUAUAUUCUGAAAGUUAUAAUGCUUGCUUAUCUUAAUGCCUUUUAUCUUAAUGCUUGCCAAGUAUCCAUAUAGUCCUACUAAGCCAUGUUCUUAUCGUUCUUCUUUGAAUCAAGAUCGUCAACGCGCCGCGUGGGGCAGUGGAAUCGGUGAAUGACCAGUUUGAUGUCUUCUACAUUGACUACGGCAACCAAGAAACAGUCACCUACAGUAAGCUGAGGCCCCUGGACCCCUCUCUCUCCUCUGCGCCUCCUCUGGCUCUGCUGUGCAGUCUUGCCUUUGUCAAAGUACCGAAUCUCGACGAAGACUUCGGUCAAGAGGCUGCAGAGUACCUGAGCGAGCGGACUAUGAGCAGCUCCAAAGAAUUCAAAGCUCAGAUUGAGGAGAGAGACUCUUCGGCCGGGAAAGUCAAAGGCCAAGGCACUGGGCCGCUGAUCAUCGUUACUCUGGUUGACGUGGAAGCUGGAUCAAGCGUCAACGCCGAGAUGCUGCGGGUCAGCGCUAUAUUCAUAGUCAUUAUUUAAUGUCUGUAAAUAUUUGCUGGUUUUGUUUCUUCCAUUAACGUGUAUACUCUGUCCGAAAAUGCAGGAAGGGCUUGCCAGGUUGGAGAGGAGGAGGAGGUGGGACUCCAAGGAGAGGCAGGCCUCACUUGAGAACCUUGAAGAGCACGAGAAGAAGGCGAAGCAGGAGAGGCUGGGUAUCUGGCAGUACGGGGAUGUGGGGUCCGAUGAAGAGGACUCGGGCCCGCCGACGAGGAAACCCGGCGGCGGCGGUGGCGGCGGCCGCCGGUAG